AUGCCGCGGAAAAACACAUCGAGGGACGAAGGGAGCAAGCUUGACGAACUUAUGGAGGAAGUCGUCGAGCUCUAUAAGACCAAACCCCUUGAUAAGGUGGUGGAGGAGAUAAACAGAACUCAUAACUUGCGCGCUAGCAAGGCACAAUACCGAAAACGUUUGGACCGGCUGCGUGUGACGAAAAACGUGUCCCAGAGGGAUGCGCUCGCCUGGAUACAUGCCGGACGAGUGAUUCGCGAUCGUUCCAGAAGGAAAAAAACAGUCAAUGUCCUGUAUAAUGGCCGAUCAUAUUCCAAGGACCAAGCACAACGGGUUCUGCGACGACUAGAUGCCCCUACGCUGGCCGAGAAGUAUGCACUCAACCAACAUGUGUCAGUCCAUAAGAAGAGCAUAGGGCCGUCUCCUGAGAGGUCCCAUAUCGUUCUUGUAAACACCUCACCGCGACAUUCCAUGCCUCCCUCGCUUUCACCUGAGCUAUGUGAAUAUUUUCGCGAGAUCUACUAUGCGUCCUGGCCAAGCGGACUCACUUUAUCAAUGCCCUUGCCGCGAACGAUGGAUUGUUUGACACAAACUCUUGCUUACUACCGAGCGAGCGGGUUCUUUGACCCGCGCCAUCUGGCUCGCGAACUGUUUCUAUCAAUGCCACAGCAGGACGCAAGAGAACCCGUCGAUGCUGUACAGAACUUACUGAGAAAGGUUACUUGCAGUGACCAAGAGGCCAUCUCAAUUCUCAAGAUCAUGGCAUUCGCAAUAGCCAAUAAUAUUCAUAUUGGGAUGCCGAGCCAUGAGGUUCUGUGUGAUUUAUUUCACCGAAUCAGACAUCAAAAGUCGUGGCUUAGAGGUUUAUUCCAGUCUCGAGUGGCAGUCACCAACGCUUUAGCCCAUGCCUUGUUUGCUAGUGUCUUCCGGCAACUUGACGUGGCUGUGAUCGAGGAUUUUCUCGAUGCAGGUGCUGAUUAUACCUACGGAAUGACCUCGAAAGUCUCAAGCCUCUUUCACGCCAAGGAUUCGAUGUUAGUCUAUUCUCUAUUGAACAAGUCUCUGCUGGUGGCCAAAUGCUUGUACAAGCGCGGAGCGCCUUGGGUCAUAGCGCAGUCUCCGACGGCGAACCCUAUUCGAGAUCUUCUUGGCUCUGAAGCAGCCCCUUGGAUUGUGGAGGAUGAUGUUUGGGAUUUUAUUGUCCAGGCAUAUCCAUCAUACUACGAGGAAACUCAAGCAUUUCUAAACGAGGAUCUCCCAUAUGUGACUAAUUGGGCCGUUGUGCAGAGGCUCCUUGGCCAUGUCUGUGGCCCGACCUCUCCGGAAGGCUGGAGACGACUGAUACUAUAUUCGACGAUACUUCAAGGAAGUUCAAUUUGUAUCCCAAACCGUGAUAACCCAGUGACCUUAACCCACCUUGAGGAGUCCUUUGGGGUGUCAGCUAUCGCCGGGGCGCUGAGAGAUGCAAGCACGAAUGGGAAAUCGGAAACCGAGACUCUUCAAAUCGUCAAAAGAUUGCUCUCCAUGGGGGCCGACCCGAACUAUCAGGACGUCAUAGGACAGCAUUGCAAGAAUCCCGUGGAACUGGCAGCUACAUGCAAUCAAUGGAGCAUCGUUGAACUACUAUUAGACAAUGGUGCUUCUAUGGCAGAUGCUUGGGCUGCAAUCACAACGAUGCAAGUAUCUCUGUCAGAAGUUCCCAGGGGCCUCUUGGAUAGAGCACAUGAUCUUCAGCUGUGGGACUUUCGUAUGGCGGUCAAGAACGGAGAAGAUCCAGAAAGCGUGAGGCGAUCUCUCGCUUGGGACAAGAGUCUCGAACUGAGCUGCCCUUUAGAAGGGGACUUCGAUUCGCAUCUCGUGUAUGUUGUCGACGAGGGCUACUUGAACUACGUUGACGUAAUAUUUCGGGCCUGCCCUGCUCUGUACGACUGCCGAGCACUGAUGUGGACCGUUCUGCUGUUCUUCGGAGAACAUGGAGGUCCGCAACACUUUGAGAUCAUUGAGAACAUUCUGCGCCGUCGGCAACCCGGCAAGGAGCCCUGUGCCAACGAGGGAACCGCUUUGGUCCUGGCUAUUUGCGGGGGGUCACAGCAGUUGAUACGUCGCUUUUCUGAGUCUGGCGUCCAGCUGCACGAGACACUAAAGACGCACGAUAUACUAUCUGAACCCGGCUCAAUGGAAGGCUAUCACACUAUCCAAAUGGUAGCGGACUUCAGCGGCAUGAUGUAUAACCAUCUCGCCAGACGGGGCUGUAAAGGGGCUGAUCUCCACUUUGCGCUUGACUGGGCCAUUUUCCUCCACGGGACUGAAGGAGUCAAGUACAUGCUCGACCUUGGCCUUAAACCAGCCGAAAGGCAUAUGGUGAGGGCCGCUGGAUCUGGAAAGGUGGAUCUGCUUGAGACCCUGAUCCAAUAUGGGGGGAGUGUCUCGGAACCGACUACAUAUACCGAGUCGUGUCUACAGCGGGCAUGCAGAUUUGGAUGUCUGGAGAUGGUACACAAGCUGCUUGAUUUAGGGGUUGCAGUGAAUGACCAAGUGGGAACCGUCAAGAUCGGUGGUCAGUGGUAUCAUAGAACGACAUUUCAGUCCGCUGUGGAGAGCAGCAAUAUCGCUCUGUACGAGGCAUUGAUUGACCGUGGCGCCAACGUCAACGAGCCAGCAGGGAGAGUUCGGGGGGCAACUGCACUGCAGCUUGCAGCAGGGAAAGGCUGGCUUAUCAUUGCUAGGCGAUUGAUUAACCUAGGGGCUGAUAUCAACGCUCCAGCUGGUGAAAUACACGGAAGAACAGCUCUGGAGGUAGCUGCUGAACAUGGGCGCCUGACAAUGGUGCAGUUUCUUCUGCACACAGGGGUGUCAACGACUGGCAAUGAGCGAAGGCAGUAUAUUCGGGCAGUACAACUGGCUGCCAAAAAUGCAUACCACACGAUUGAGAAGGUUUUGAGAGACCAUCGUGAGUGGGAAAAGCGAGACUGGCAGAUUCACGAGGCUCAAACUCUCGAAUACGACAGUGGCGAGGAAGAUGAAGAAUAUGACGAUGAGAACGACUUCAGUGACGAGGAUUCAAUAAGUUCGAUGGGGGAGGAGCCUGAUUUGGAGACAGGAUCUGGCUCUCACUCUCUCCAUGAGAAUUUCAUACUGCCGAUUGAGCAAGUUUCCUCAGUCGGACCACACGGAGGAGACGGGGGGAUGGACUGGGUCCUUGUGGAGGGCGAGAGCAACGGGACUACAGAGGAUUCGACUGCCAACAACACUUCAGGCUCUGGCCGUACGCAGCCUCAGGCUCCAGCCUUCGAGGACGCGGUGGUCUUAUAUAACGACCCCCAUUGGAGCAGUGACUGGGCCAGUUCGUCCUGGGAUGACCCUGAAAGCGUUCUUGCACCAUCUACUUCUAAUUUGUCUGAGGUUGAUACUUUAGGUUUCUAUAUGCACCUGGUACAGGACGGCUCGAUAGAGUCGGUCCACGAGCUUCCUAACGGUCUUGGCGGCGAUACAGGUCCUCUUUUCGAUCGCGAGGACGCUCAUAUAUUCGGCACGGACGCCUAUUUGGAGGUGGAUUACGGACCGUGGUCCCAAACAUUUGAUCCGACUGCUGAAGCUUCAGGGUCAGGAAGCACAGAUAUGUUUUCUUGUGGGGAAUGUGGGAAUGUAUUGGAACUGUGUCAUUGUAUCGACUUCUCAUUCCUGGAUGAGUUGUGA